AUGGCGUCGCAGCAGCAGCAGCAGCAGCCGAGGAAGGGGGUGGGGAAGCAGGAGGAAGGGCGGGGCUGCGGAGAGCGGCGGGCGGCGGGGCUGGAGGAGAUCGGCAAGUACCGCGCCCAGGCGCAGCAGAACUCGGCGGACGCCAUCCGCGCCGCCGAGGAGCGCUACGCCAAGGCUAACCAGGAUCGCGCCGGCGCGGUCACCGUUGUGUCGUGCGUCGAGGGCAAGAAGAAGCAGCCGCCUCCGCCGCACGGGAAGAAGCACGAGGAGGAGGAGGGCCACGGCGGCGGCCGUGGGACCGGCCAGGAGGAGGUGACCGGCAAGCACCGCGACGAGGGGCGGCAGCAGAGCGAGUCAAAGAACAGCAGCGCUGCCCGGGAGAAGAGUGCCGGCGCUGCGCACGGCGCCAAGGGAGCGGCUGCCCACGCGCCGGCGGGCUCGUAUCAAGAAGCGAAGGCGUCGGCGACGAGGCAUCAGGGGGGCGAAGGCGACCACGGACAAGCGGCGAGUCAUGAGGAGACCGGCAGGCAACGUGGAGGAGAUCAUGACGAGAUGCCCGGCGAGGGCAAGCAGGCCGGCGCGGCCGCGGCGGACUACGCCAAACAUGCCGCGGCGAAGGCGAAGGACGUCACGCUCAGCACCGGCGGGACGGCGGCGGAGUACGCCAAGACGGCCGCGGGGAAGACCAAGGACGUCACGCUGAGCUCCGGCCAGACGGCCGGCGAGUACGCGAAGCAGGCGGCGGUGAAGGGCAAGGACGUCACGGUCAGCACCGGCGCGACCGCCGCGGACUACGCCAAACAGGCCGCGGCGAAGGCGAAGGACGUCGCGCACAGCACCGGCGAGACGGCGGCGGAGUGCGCCAAGACGGCCGCGGGGAAGACCAAGGACGUCACGCUGAGCUCCGGCCAGACGGCCGGCGAGUACGCGAAGCAGGCGGCGGUGAAGGGCAAGGACGUCACGGUCAGCACCGGCGGGACGGCAGCCGAGUACACCAAGACAGCCACCGAGAAGGCGAAGGACGUCGCGCUGAGCACCGGCGAGACGGCGGCGGAGUACGCCAAGACGGCCGCGGAGAAGGCCAAGGACACCGCGGUGGCCGCCGGCAAGACUACGGCCGGGUACACGCAGCAGGCGGCCGUGAAGGCCAAGGACGUGACGCUCUCCACCGGCGCGACCGUGGCGCAGAAGGCGAAGGAGGUGACCGCCGACACGGCGCACAAGGUGGCGGAGUACGCGAGGGAGAAGGCGGAGCAAGGGAAAGCCGCGGCCACCGUGGCUGAGGAGAAGGCCAAGGAGGCGACCGCACGCGCCGCCGACAGCGCGGAGGAGCCGGGCUCCAACACGGCAGAGAAGACGAAGCGGUCCGGCGCGGAGACGGCGGACAAGGCGAAGCGCUCAGGCGAAGAGACGGCGGACAAGGCCCGCGACAUGGCAGCACAAACCAAGGACACGGCCAAGGACACCACCGGAGGCAUGGCGCACAAGGUCGGGGCCAUGGCGGCGCAGACCAAGGACACCGUGAAAGACGCAGCGGGAGCCAUGGCGCAGAAGACGAAGGACACGAUCGGCCAGGCAGGGCACAAAGCAGGGGAAGCAAAGAACAGAGCAUCAGACGCCGCCGGCGGCCGCGGCGGCGUGACGGCGAAGGCGAAGGAGACGGCCGCCGGCGCCGGCGCCGGCGAAGGCGGCGGCACGACGAUGGUGGGCGACGUCCUGGAGGCGGUGGGCGCGACGGUGUACGGGAUAGCCCAGCACACGAAGGGGAUCGUCGCCGGCGAGGAGGAGCUCGUCCCCGUCGCCAAGGAAGACAAGGGCAAGCUCGAGUGA